AUGACGCCUCUAGGCACAGACGGCCUGCCACCAUGCCCGGUCCGCGACGGCCUUCUCAAGCGCAUCUCCGAGAUUGAAGAUGCGGCGGGUGAAGCAGCUGAGGGCGAGGAGAAGGAGGCUUCAGCUUUGCAGGUGGCUCGCGGCGAUGAACGGUGCGCCGCUUGGAACAGUACGCCCUCCAUCAACCUUCUGCCCACCGAGCUCCUCCUCCGCAUCUUCGCCGCCUGCUUCCAGCCCACGAGCUUCGCUGAAGAAAACCCCAAACGGACCCACCUGCGGCGCAAGGUGCUCCUCCUCGUCUGUCGCAGGUGGCGGGACCUCAUCGAGAGCGCUCCAACGCUCUGGACGUUCGUCUCGCCGCACGCGCCCCCACGCCUCUACGAUCUGCUGCUGUCGCGCGCGGCUAGGGCGGGCCUCGAUUUCUCUUUCAAACGCAAAUACAAGUCGGAAUGGUCUUCGUCUCUGCAGCUUUCUCCCGACCUAGCUCCUCUCGACCUGCCGGAUGGAGGAGACGAUAGGACGAUAAGCGAUGGGGGCGACGAAGACGAUGGGGGGACGGGCGACGGCCACCCGGGGCGAGGGUGGACCAUCGACUCAGAAGGGUAUUCAUCCAAGGUCUGGUCAGAGGAGGCCGGGGUGGCGAUCGCCGCUCAAUCGAAACGGACGCGCAGUCUUGCCUUGGUGGAUGCCGAUCGGCUGUUCUACACCUUGCCGUUCUUCGAAGCCCUCUUCCGGGACAGAACGUGGCCCAUCCUCACGACCUUGUUCGUCGAUUUCACCGAUAUUUACGAAGACAUAUUUCCCGUUCUCAAUGCCGAGUUCUUGUCUCUCACCCCGGCGCGUUUCCCGAGACUCCAACACCUCACCCUCAACAUGGUCCUCCCCGGCACUAUCGAGCCGACAUUGUUUCCUCAGCUCAGAACACUCGACCUCACGGGCCCUACAUCGCAUUGGCCUCCUGUGGAAGACUUCCUCAUCUGUCUCUCUCAAUCUCCUCGGCUCGAAAAGCUCCUCAUACGGUUGGAACACAAUAUGUCACAAGAUAGACCCGCGGAUCAUUCUCCACCAGCGCCCACAUCUGCACUCCAACUCCCUUUGACGCUGCCCCGUCUGCGUUCAUUGAGCCUUGGUGCCGCACGUCACGAGGAAGUAAUGGUGCUCCUUCAGGCCUUCCCUCUUGCUCGCGCAGACCUCGAUGUUACCGGUCUCUUCAACGAAGAUUGGCGGCAGCCGCCCACGAACGUCGAAGCCGGCCGCCGCCUCAGCAUCGUCGACGCCUUCUAUCCCGAUCGCGGGGAGACAAUGCCUAUCCCCUUUACCCGCUCGGCGCAGAGGCUGCACGUCUGUGCCGACCGGUUCCGGGCCACCAUCAUGGGACUCGCCGAGUCGGACGGUGAUCUGGCGGACCCACUGUUCGAGUGGACCGCUUCCCCCGUGCCUAAAUAUAUGUUCGACAGUGCACGCCCCAACCGCUACGACCUCUCCUGCGGCAUCAACGACGUCGUCACCCUCUUCGGCGGAUCGCCCUUGCGGCGCCUCAACUUCUCCGCCGACGACUUCUACACCGAAUUCUACAUAUGUGCCACUGUCAACGCCGCCUACUCCACAACUCGGGUACGGCUCAUCUACCGCGUCUUGUACGACGUCUUACGGGCUUCUUUGCGCUGGGCCUGGAAGGGCUCGGGCCGUGCAGUCCCGACACCGACGUCAUUGGACGUCUUCAGGCGCUUUGAGGGCUGGAGUCCGUGCUCUUCAUCGUCGAGGACACGACCGCGAACCCUCUCCCGCAGGCCAACGCGCGCCGAUUGCUUGCCUGAGGCGCCGGUAGAGCGGGUGCGCGCGCGCGCGAGAAAGGCACAGCCGGUAGGGCGGGUGCGCGCGCGCGCGAGAAAGGCACAGCCGGUGCGCGAGAGACUACACCAGCAGGCACGCAAGGGGGAGCCAGCAGAAGAUGGGAUGAAGCAGUGGGCAUGCGAGGGGGAGAAGCAGCUGGCGCGCGAGUGUAGCGGACAGCAGGCACUGCGCGAGGAGGGGUGGGAGCGUCGGGAGAGGAGUCGGAGGCAGUGCGCGCGUGCGAGGGUGAAGCGGCCGGCACUGCGCGCAGGGGAGAACUUGAAGCUGGCGAGGACGAACCGCCACGCGUGGCAUCUGCGGAUAUCGAGGCAGCCGGGACGAAUGCAUCAACGUAUUCCAGGGAAGGGGAGCGAGUCGCUGGAGCGCGCGGGGGCAAAGCAGCUGGUGUGGACGAGCGUAGGGCAGCAAGAUCAAUGUACUCCAGAGAAGGGGAGCGAGUUGCCGGCGCAUGUGGGGAUGAUGCAGCCGGCGCAGACGAGUGUAGAGCAGCAAGAUCAAUGUACUCCAGAGAAGGGGAGCGCAAGGGUCGAGGGUGUUGUGCUGGCAAGGGUGAUUGCAAGAGCGGGAAUGAGGGAGAUGAUCGGAGCCUAG